GAAUUGCAGACGCAGUAGCUGUACAAAGGUUGGACGCUGUCAUAAACUUCAGAUUUGAUCUUGAAGUCGGAAUUUUUAACCGUGCUGCUCUAAGAAGGAUUGUUCUACGCAAAUUCGAAUAGCAGCUGCGUCAUUGUAUGAUAGAUGUUUGAAGAUAAAUGUGUAUGGAUUCAUCAACAGAGCGGAUUAUGAAAUUACUUUGAUCAAGAGCUGAUAUUCAUUUUAUUUCCUUUUCAUCUCACGAUUUUGAAUCGUAAAUUAUCCAUGUAAGAAUUAGCUGCAUUUCCCCCUUCUACUGGAAUGAACUUUUCUCCAGAAUAAUGAGUAAAUAUUCCAAUUCUUGUUUGUAAUUUAGUGCUAUAUUAGAAUUACGUAGUGUUUAAUGUGUAUUAAAAGAUGGCGACAUUUGAUUAUUAGUAUUAUCUUUAUUCAUAACUUUGGAAAAAUUUAAAUAUGGAAAAUGCAUAACGGAACUUUUCAUCAAACCGAAAGUUUUAACUGUCAACAAAUUCAAGAAAGCCAUUUUAUUAAAGCAUGCAAAGUGUCUUCUCAAAAGUCUAAUUCAGUUCUGCAACAACAUACUGUUGUUAAGGAAAAAUCUCAUGUUUGUGAAGUAUGUGGCAGAAGAUUUUCUCAUGAGUUUUCUUUAAAAUGUCAUUUAUAUACUCACAGUGAGGAAAAACCUCAUGUAUGUGAAGUAUGCAAAAAAUCAUUUUCUUAUAUAUUUAUUUUGAAAUUACAUUUAAGAAUUCAUAAAAAUAAAAAGAUUCAUACAAAUUCCUGCAAAUUCUGUGGAAAAGUUUUAUCUAGUAAUUCUACUUUAAAAUUGCAUUACUUGACUCAUACAAAGGAAUAUCCACAUCAGUGUGAAGUGUGCUGUAAAAGAUUUUCUUCUAAAUCUUAUUUGAAGUUGCAUUCACUUAAUCAUUCUGAGAAGAUCUUUCAAGUGUAUGAGGCAUGCAACCAAGCAUCUUUUAUAGAGACUGAUUUAAAAUCACAUUCACCUACAAAGGAUAAGCAGUACAUUUGUAAAGUGUGUAAUAAGGCUUUUCAGAAAAAGUGGCGUUUAAAAUCUCAUUUAUUUGUUCAUACAAAAGAAAAACCAUUUGUGUGUGAAAUAUGUGGCAGAGCAUUUUGUAGGAAAUCUACUUUAAGGUAUCAUAUUAAAGUUCAUAUUCAAGAAAAACCCCAUGCAUGUGAAAUUUGCAACAAAGCUUUUUCUGAAAAAGGGAACUUAAAACGUCAUUUAUUUACUCAUACAAAUGUUAAACCUUUCAAAUGUGAAGUAUGUGGCAAGGGGUUUUAUACUAAAUCUAUUUUGAAAUCGCAUUACCUUUCACAUACGAAUGAGAAACCCCAUGAAUGCAAAUUGUGCAAUAAGGCAUUUUCAAAAAAAUAUGCUUUGAAAGAGCACAUGGUUAUUCAUACAAAAGAAAAACCUUAUGUAUGCAAAACAUGUAACAAAGCAUUUCCUCAUAAAUCUAGUUUACGGCUUCAUUCAAUCACUCAUACAAAUGAACAACCUCAUGCUUGUGAACAAUGUGGUAGAAAGUUUUCUUUUAAGUGUAACUUAAAAGCACAUAUGCGUACUCAUAUGGUAGAGUCUGAUUAUUGUGAACUGUGUGGUGAAAAAUUUCCUAAUAAAUCUCUUUUAAAAGUACAUUUAUUCUCUCAUUCUAAUGAGAAGCCUCCUACAUGUGACUUGUGCAACAAGGCAUUUUCUGAUAAAUAUGCAUUGAAAUCACAUUUAAAAACUCAUACAGAAGGAGGUCUGCAUAUAUGUCACGUGUGCAAUAAAACUUAUUCAAAAAAGAACAGUUUAAAAGCACAUUUAUUCACUCAUUCAGAUGAAAAGCCACAUGUAUGUAAAGUGUGCAACAAAGCAUUUCCUAGGAAGGGAUCUUUACAACGGCAUGAAAUAACACAUGCUAAAGAAAAACAGAAGAGAGAAAAAGUUCAUGCAUGUGAAAUCUGCAAUAAAAAAUUCACUACGAAAGGAAGUUUAUUAGUUCAUGUACGGGCACAUGUAGGGGAGUCCCGCUAUGUAUGUGAAAUUUGUAAUAGGCCAUGUGCAGGAAAGAGCAAUUUAGAACAACAUUUGCUUGUGCAUACAAAAGAAAAGCCUCAUAUAUGUGAAAUAUGUGGCAAAGCUUUUACGGGUAAGGGGACUUUAAAAAUACACUUGCAAUCCCAUACAGGGGAAAAACCCAAUAUAUGUGAAGUUUGCAAUAAAGCAUUCACUCGUAAAAACAAUUUAAAAAGACAUUUAGAAACCCAUAAAGAUAAAGAACAGUAUGUGUGUCAAGUAUGCAAUAAAGUAUGUAAUCAAAAGGGUAAUUUGAAACAACAUUUACGAACUCAUGCCUUAGAAAAAGGAAAUGCUGUAUUCAAAUGAAAUGAGCAUUAGAGAAAUUUUCUAAUUGAAUUAGUUUGCAAAUGGGGAAAAAAAAUUAAGUAUAUAUACUUCAUAUAUUAAUUUAUUAAUUGUUCAUGGAUGAUUUUUCAAGAAAUUAUACUUUAAAAUAAUUGUAAUGACUAUUUUUGAACAAAAAUAGUAUUUAUUUAAAUAUUUUCAUUUUCAAAAUGUAUAGUUAAAUUAUUGUCAGAAAUUAUGGUUAAAAUAUUUUUUUUUGAUAAGAAUUUCUGAAUAUAAAAAAGUUAAAUAAUAUUUUCUUAAAUUUUUUUUAUUUUUUAAAAAUGUGAAUCCCGAAUGCUUUAUACAAAAUUUCAGAAAUGUUUGGCCAUCACUAAUUUUCUAUGUUACUAAAUUUCUUUGUAAUAUUAAUUUAUUACUUAAUUUUUGUUGAAACAAUUUUCGGGUGAAUAGUAGUUUAACCCCCUUCUUUGCCAAGUUGGAGAUAACGCACCAAAGCUGACAACCCCCAUUUUCUCUAGUCUAGGACUCCUCCGAAAAACACAGCACUAGUUUGUGGUUGAUGAGUUGGCAAUUUUUGAAAAAUGCUGCAAGAAGGGGGUUAAACUAUGAUUGCACGCAAUUUUCUUCCCCCUUACUUUAUCAUUAGACUUAGAUUUAAUUACAGUAUAGAAGAAAUUCCUCCCUUUCUCACAGAUAAAAUAUUCUAAUAUAAAUAGGCAGAUUCUCGAUUACUGUGAUAAUGUAGGAAGGUGGUGUUGGCAGAGCUGAGGGCAUAUCUCAUCAGCUAUAAUAAAUAGUAUGUUUAAAUGGUCUGCAGUUUCUGGAGUAAACUUUGCAUUUCAUAGUCUAGUCAUUCAUUUUUUUCACUUAUGUGUCCACAUGAUAGGUUUUCU